AAAGACCAAGGCAGCUGUUGCUGCAGCUGUAGCCAAAUCAACAGCUGCUGGAUCUACUACUGCAGCACCGAGUGGAGAUGCGGCUCAAGAGGUGAAGAAGGUCAUGAACCAGGUCUUCCACAGUGUUAAGACAGAAUUCAAACCUGAUCAGACAUUUACUGGGCAACAGGUUGUGCAGUCUAUUCUACAGACAAUCAAGGAAACAACACUGAGACUUACUCAGCAAAAAGAUACAGAGGAACAAGAAGAGGAGGAAAGUGAAGAAGAAGAAUCUGAAGAGGAAGAAGAAGAAGAUAAAAAAGUCCCAGAGAAAAUAGUUCCAGUGAAGGUAGAAGCUGUUCGUGCAGUCCAAAGUUCUGCAGCUCCCAAAGUUGUAGAAGAUGUGAUAGAGGCCCCUGUUACUAUGGUAACCACAUCAUCAACAGGAGGUAGAGGGAACCCUAUGUAUGCUGCUGAGCUUCAGAGAGCUGCUGAAGAAGCCAGUAAACUUAAAGAAACUGAAGUGAAAGUAACUGCUGAGAAACCACUUGAACAACCAGUAAUGGUUGAAGAAGUGAUCGAGGCCCCUAUGACAGUAGCCAGUGGUUAUUCAACAGGGGGAGGGGGUGGUAAUCCAUAUUAUGCCGCCAAGCUUGAUAAAGCGAGAGAAGACAGCAUUCCAUCACCAGAAUCCAUCGAGUCAACAAGCGCAAAGCCUGAUAUUGUUGAAGAACCCAUUGCUGCCCCAGUAGUUGCAAGUUCAACUAGCGCACCUAAAAUAGAAAAUAUUGAACCUCCGAUGAUAGUAAAAGACAGUAC